GCAAGUGGUCUCCAAAAUGAUCUUAGUUCUUCUGCUUUUCCUCGAAAAGGUUGCAGCUGAUCAUACACUCACUGGACCUAAUGAAGUGAAGCAAUGUGCAGGCAGAGCCAUUCACAUCAUCUGUCACUAUCAUCCAUUUUACCGGGACCAUGUCAAAUAUUGGUGCAAAGGUUACUAUUUUAAUUACUGCACCAUACUCUUACAGACGGGUCAAUCCCAGCAUUUCUCUGAACCUCUGCAGAUAAGCGACAAUAAAAGAGAAGGGUUUUUCAGCAUCCACAUGAAGCAUGCUAAAACAGCAGAUAGUGGAUGGUACUGGUGCGCGAUUGAAAGAGUCAGUCGUCACGUAAGCAAAUCCAUGCAGUUAAUCAUAUCUGAAGAAUCAGCGCAGCAUUGCUCUGUGCCUGAGCCAACACAAAACGUCAGAGAGGCGACCACUCAACCACUGACAACGAGCGCCUUAACAACUUUCAGGACGACCACAAUAAUGUCAUCACACACAACACUGAAAAACACAGACGUACAGCAUGAAACCACACCAGAUGAGACUGAAGUCACUGAGUGGUUCAACCCCAAAAUAUGGAGCAUCACACGAUGGAUCCUCUUCAUGGGAAUGUGUGUCUACCUUACCUGUUUUGUAACCUGCACUGAAAUUGGGUUUCGAAGACACUAAGAGAUACACUAAGCCUUUACACUGAACAUUUCUUUCAUUUCAUGACAGAUUUGGGUGCCUCUUUGGUGUACUUUUUUAAUAUUAUGAUUAAUAACAAAAGCUCGAUGGUAAAAAUGAAGCCAAACAAGCACUACCAAGCCAACAAUCAGGAACUGUUUAGAA